UCCUUAUCUUACUCUAUAAUCCUACCUAUUUAAUAUAACUCUGUACGAACAAUGAAGUGUAAAGCGAUUGUUGCGAUUCCGUUUGCGGGCCUAGCUCUGGCCGGUGCAGUCCUUGCUGGGAAGAAAGAGAAUAUCGCAGCUAGGGCGAUUCCAAACAUCUGCAACAACAACGGCGUCCCUGACUCCUUUGGCAGCUGUUCUUGUUACGUCUGCCCUGGUGGUGGCGGACAAGACCCUCCAAUUCCUCUUUGCACUGACCGCUACGGCAACAAUUGUGCCAAUGAUGUCGACAUGAGUACCUGCUGUUGCGGCUGUUGUUGCACCCCUGUAUCUAUCCCUCAACUACCUCCUUGCGCCCGGGUCGAUUUCCCUAUCCCUGAAGAGAAUUGUGACUCUAACAUCUGCGUCAAUUGCUGCGACUGCGUGAACUUCUGAGGAUCACAAGUAGUUUCGGAGUUGAGAGCUAUCAGUUGUUGUAUGGAGUUCCUCACUGGGGUUUAAGCUCGGCCGACUGUUAGCGGGUUCCACUCGUUCAGCAACUGUAUAUCAAUUUGCAAGUCAUAUUGUACUUUAUAUUGUUUGAACUGUUCCAUCCCCCCCAUUAUUGCGUAUAAGAAAGCUCUUUUCGAUCGCUAAGAAUGGC